AUGACAAAACCAAGACGUCUGUCUGCCAGCAAGGCAGCUGGAAUGGGACACAAAUCAACAACAAAUGUCUGUCUGGACAGACAACCCACAUUCCCCAUGGAAGUUAGUGACUUUGUGGUGGCAGCAGCGGCCACAGCCACGGGGCCAAGAAAUUCCCUGGUCCUCCACUUGACAUAUCAUCAUCUGAUUGUCUUCCUGUCAGGAGUAUUGGCCGCCUGUGUCUAUUAUCAUAUGCCAUGGGCGGCACAGAAUCAGCAACGUCAGCUGCAGCACCUACCAGCCGAACAUUAUCUCCAAUUACGUGACGAUUUUGCCAUUUAUUCUCGAGAGGCAGAGGAGAGUCAACAACAGGCCAUCAAGGAAUUUUAUGGUGAAAGUGGUGCUGCAAUUGCCAAUUUGCCCCCCGAAGAUGACACCAAUGUCAAGGAGGCCUUGGCCAAUUUAAAAAUAGCCCAACAUAUGCACAAGACGGGCAAGGAGGAAAAGGCCCAGCGACUAUUUGAACAUGCCUAUGCCUUGGCACCCAAACAUCCCGAGGUGCUACUACGCUAUGGGGAGUAUUUGGAACAACGUGAUAUUGUCCUCGCGGAUCAAUAUUAUUUUCAAGCUUUAACAAUUAAUCCAGGUUGUAGUGAAGCUGUGGCACAUCGUCAACGUACCGCAGCCAUUGUACAGACUAUUGAUGAAAGAAGACUAAUCGAAUUGGAUCGUAAACGUGAUGCCCUCUCGGGUAUACAUGAAUCGAACGCAGCUCUACGCAGAGCUAAGAAAGAGGCUUACUUCCAGCAUAUCUAUCAUUCGGUGGGCAUUGAGGGUAAUACUAUGACGCUGGCCCAGACGAGAUCGAUAUUGGAGACACGCAUGGCCGUCGAUGGCAAGUCCAUUGAUGAACAUAAUGAAAUUUUAGGUUUAGAUUUGGCCAUGAAAUUCAUCAAUGCCAGUUUGGUGAAUAAAAUGGAAAUCACAUUAAAAGACAUUUUGGAAAUACAUCGUCGUGUCCUUGGACACGUUGAUCCCAUUGAGGGUGGUGAAUUUCGACGCACCCAGGUAUAUGUUGGUGGUCAUGUUCCCCCUGGGCCGGGAGAUUUAUCCAUUCUUAUGCGUCACUUUGAAAACUGGUUAAAUUCGGAACAGAGCCUAUCGUUGCAUCCCAUUAAGCACGCUGCCUUGGCCCAUUACAAAUUGGUACACAUACAUCCCUUUAUCGAUGGCAAUGGCCGAACUUCCAGACUUUUAAUGAAUACAUUGUUAAUGAGGGCCGGUUACCCACCUGUGAUUAUACCAAAGCAACAAAGACACAAAUAUUAUCAAUAUCUUCAAAUAGCCAAUGAUGGUGAUAUUCGACCCUUUGUACGCUUCAUUGCCGAGUGUACAGAAAAAACCUUAGACCUGUAUCUGUGGGCUACCAGUGAUUUACCACAACAGAUACCAAUGUUGGAACAAACCGAAAAUACCCUAGCCAAUAUUGAUAAGCUGCUGACACCCUCAGCGGCGAAUAAUCUCGAUGAGACAUCACCGGCAACCACAACAACAACGACAAGUGCACCCUCCCACAACCACAAUUUAGAAGAAGAUUUCUUUGAAUCCGGCUCGGGGGAAAUUUCCUAG